UCACGAUUUCCCUCAAACACAUCUGAAAUCAAAUUUAAUUAAUAAACUAUAAGUAUUACACAGCUAAUUAUACUAUACACCAAAAACUAUGGCAAAUUCAGGAAAAGGAACUUUUCAACCGGAUUCAGAUGUACAUAUAUCGUACGAGGACCAGCAAAAAAUUAACAAGUUUGCCAGACUUAACGCUAAAGUAGAUGAUUUAAAAGAUGAAUUAAAAAUAAAACUGAAUGAUGUAAAAAAUCUUGAGGAAGCUGUAGAAGAGUUGAGCCUCGCAGAUGACACUGAAAAAAUUCCGUAUCUGGUCGGAGAGGUAUUCAUAUGUCAGAAUUUGGAAGAUACUAUGAAAUCGUUAGAAGAAAAUAAAACAAAAAGACAAGCAGAAAUAAGUGAAAUAGAGGCAAAAUGUGAGGAGCUAAAAUCCCAAAUGAGUGAGCUUAAAGCACACUUGUAUGGUAAAUUUGGAAGCCACAUCAAUUUAGAAAAUGAAGAAGACUAAAAUCUAUGUCUUGUACCAUAUUAAACACUUAACAUUU